UAUACAAUGGAAGACCAUUUCAGCUCUAAAUUCUUAUCCUUUGACAGGAUCUUCCUAAUUUGCACAUAUAAAACCAACCAUUCCCACAUCAAACUAACAUGAUCAGCAAACAAUCCACAAGCCCAAGAGACACUCUUUAAACUUUACUAACGCAACCCCCCCGACCCCGAGAUCAUCAACAACUAAAAUGGCUAGGAAAAGAAAGGCAGUGGAGGAGUUGAAGAUCAGCCCCGGUGAACAGACGGCCGAUGAGAUGGUGAAGGCUGCAGCAUUAGGGGGAAUUACACGAGCCCGGAAGCGGUUCGUGGGGGUUCGGCAGCGGCCGUCAGGGCGGUGGGUGGCGGAGAUAAAGGACACCAUACAAAAGAUAAGAGUGUGGUUGGGGACAUUUGACACGGCGGAGGAGGCGGCCAGGGCCUAUGAUGAGGCGGCGUGUUUGCUUCGUGGGGCGAAUACAAGAACCAAUUUCUGGCCCUCUUCUUCCAGUACAGUUCUCCCUUCCAAAAUCACAAACCUUCUCCUCAGCAGGCUCAAGGCAAGAAACGAUAACACUAAUUCCAGUUCUAACUCAUCCUCAUCAUCAGUUUCUUCUUCAAUUCCUUGUACUGAUGAGAAGCAGAGAAUGGACUACGCAGAUCGUGAAGAGCCUGAAUUAUUAGAAUCCAACUUCCCUGAUUUUCUCCACGACCCUGAUGAGGAUUUUUCCCUGGAGAAUAACAGCAGGCUGAUUAAUGACUUCAGUAGUUUCGAUCCUGGCAUGCCACAAACUGAGAGUGAUAUGUCAAAUGAUUUCCCUGGAAUCGUGGAACUGGAGAAUGAAGCUGAGGAAGAAAACUGUGCAAGCUCGGAAGUGGUGGACUUGCAGUUUGUUGAUGACAUCAUCGGGUCUUCAAUUGAAUAUUCACCUUUUGAAAUUGCUGAGGAGAUCUCAGGAGGAAUGGAGGACGAACCCCUGACGCUGACUGAGGCCAUGAAGAGGAUGAACUACGAGAGGAAGUUUUCAGCUUCGCUCUAUGCCUUUAACGGGAUCAGUGAGUGCCUGAAACUGAAGCUGAAAUCGCCUGUCGACAGGUCUGAUCAGGUCUCCAGGCUUCGGAACGCGAUAAAUGAGAAAGUUGAGCAAAAAGAGAAGAUGGAGAAUGAGGAUGACAAUUGCCUUAAUCUUGAUGGAGAAUUGUCCCUCUGGAGCUCCAUCGAUCUUCCGCCUAUAUGCUUUGUUAGUUAAUUUGCCGACACACGGAUGAUUCCUGUCAUGAUGACAAUGUAAUAGGCUUGCAACCAUUCUUUAAUUGUAUUGCACCGCCAAUAUAAGUUUGGAAAUUUUGAUCAUUUAUGAAAAUUAGAGACUAAGUUGGUGGACUUAAAUUGGAGUCCUCGAGCCCUCCUGUGUUUGCCUUGUUGGUUAGAGAAUACGUGACUUCAGACAUGGCUGGAUAAGGUGCUUUUUUUGUCCAAAAAUAAUCUGAGGGAUAGACCGUUUAAAAAUGAUAACAUCAAGAUAAAUUUAAAGGGAUAAAGUGAUUCUGAAGGCAAAUUUUAAAAACCAACUAUAAUAUUUAUCCAAAUUUAUUAUAUAUAUCCAAACUUCAUGGAGUGUCAGCGUAAUUCUCUGACAAUAUUAAACAUAUUUUCGCCUAGCAAGACAUAACCUUAAUACUGAAUCAGAAAUUAACAUGGAAACAUCAAUAGUAUGCAAAAUCAUCUUCUUUCAUUGGUGGGAAGUAUGAUAAGGACCCUCACCAUCAGCAGAAUAUUGUGCGAACUUGGAUAUAUCUAAGAACAGAAGAACAAAAUUCUGAUAACCAUCGAAGCAUAGAUGGAGAGGAGAAAGACUAGCAGCAAACUGCACAAGAUGAUCUUUGAUUUAAUUAUUUUGCAUCUGGCAAACUGCAGCUGACUUAGCUUAACUAUCAGAAUUUAAGGGUUGGAAAGAUUCCUUUCGGAUGCAUAAAACUAUGAUAAGCAAAGUUAAAACAGUUUAUAAAAGGAGAACUUGUCGUUGCAGGAAACCAAGUCCAACAAAAACAUCGGCUUGGCACGACGUUCAUCUCAAAGCCAGGGGACUUGGCGCUUAGCUGGUGACAAUUAUAUAUACAGCAUCAACUUCUAAUCCCCCACCUGGAUCGAUACGAGCUCUGACACAGAAACUUAGAGGACGCGAAGCUGAGCAAGGAAGGCGGCACAAA